AGUUACAAAGGUUAUUCUCCCAUUCAGCACCACGUAUCUGUCUGAGACCGUCUUCAGCGCCUUGUAACCAUAAACACAAAGGCCCGUAACAGGCUGAGGAGGACUUUAGGCUGAGGAGGACUUUAGGCUGGCUGUCACUAGCAUCAUACCUGAAAUUCCAUUUCUCCCUCAGGUAUGCUUUGAUUCAAGUAAAACAGGCUGGGGAUGUUAAAAUAUUUCCUGGUUACCAGUCACGGGAUCCCACGCCCAGCCCAUCUCUCCCAUAUUCAACUACAAAUACCACCACGUUAGUUCAGCCACGCCAAAGAUUUAGGACCAAUACACCUGAAGUAUCGGAUUCUGCUCUAAUAACGUAGGACGAUUAACGCAGCGAGUUUCGUGUGUAUGCAGUUAUACCGUCAGUGGGCACUGCUCCGUGGGAAUAACGUUAACACUUCAUAUAAAAAACUGGCUGCUUGGAAAAAAAAUAAGAGAGGAAGCUGGUUCUACAGAGUCCGUGCUGCCCCGUCUGCCACCUCAUUCUCUUCCACCCCAACAUGUGCAGGCACACAAAGAAACUCCACUGACCCUCCAGCCAAAUCGACUCUAUGCAACAGAACCAUCAGCUCUGCAAACAGUUUCAGGGUCCGACUCCUCCCUUCGUGCUCGCAGGCUGCCUGCUGGUGAAAGAGGCGGAGGCAGCGGAGCAGCAGCAGCAGCAUCAUCAUGGAGAUCUUCAGCAUCAUGGAGAUCUUUGUGCUCCUGUUGGUCCUUCUGUCUGCACCAGUUUCAGACACAUGGGCAAAGUCAAGAGGGAAUAAUGAAAAGUUAAUUUGCGACCCGAAGCACGAAGCAGCAGUCGGAGACAAUGUGACUUUGGACUUCCACCUUAAACCCGAGCGUGAUGUGACGAGGGAACUAGUCGAGUGGAGAUUCAGAAGCUCUGCUCUUGUCCUCGUUUACAGAAGCCAAGAUUUUUCUCCCAACAAUCAGGAAAAACAGUUCAGUGGCAGAGCGUCUCUUGACGACAGCGGCGAUCUAUCCAAAGGAAAACUUCCAGUAAAGAUUUUAUCGGUUAGCAAAGAAGAUGCUGGAAUAUACAGCUGUUCUAUUGGAAAGAGAGAAGACAAAGUUUCCAACAGUAUGGAGCUCAUUAUUUCUGAUGCAGAUCGGCAAGUCAAGAACAAAUCCCAGAAACUAAACGUCACUUCUUUUGGAGUGGGAUUGGUUACAUCUACAUUCCUGUAUUCACUUUGGUAGUGAGGAAAAGACCGAGAAGGCUGCACUGCGACCAGAGGAAGCUGAUCACUGAGUCUGAAAGGGUGUGCAGAACUUCACCUGCCUUCCAGCUUCUCUUUCUGUGGAGCUGCUAAAAACUCUCAUCUACUGUUAUGUGUCAAAACAAAACUCUUCCAAAACAAAUCUGUGGAGUUGUAAAAUUUCCUUUGCUAUUUUCCCCAGUGUAAAAUACUUGUUAGUUAAGUAAAUAUUUUAAUGCAGCUAUGUAGGCCUACUAAUGUGUGAAACCUGGUGAGCAUUAAUGAGAGUUAAUCCACCGGGGGGCUGUAACAAAGAGAGGCUAUUAAAGCAAAGUGUUUAAAUCUUUACACAUUUGAACUGUUUUAGGAACUUUACUAUUCUUCAUUCAAUCUAAUGUUUGAUUUCUGUUUUAAAAUGUAUCUG